ACAGUUUCAGUAUAGAAUUCUUAUGAGGUGUUUGUUCUAACUUUUAACUCACACAUAUUUGAUUUUCUUAUUCAUUUUAUUGAAAUUAUUUCAACGUUAAUAAUUAACGCUCGAAUAUUUGUCGUCUCUUGUUUCUCCAAUUUCUACAAGUAGUGUGUAAUAUUUUCCAGCACAUAGAUUACAACAAUCGAAAUAUUUCCAAUCGAUUGAAAUAUAUAUAUACGUUGAAAAAGUAUUAAUUAUUAUCAAUUCGAAAUACUCCUAAUUGAUCAAUAACAGAUAAAAUGAUCUCGGCACGUGGUUUCGCCGUUUUGCGACAUGCGACGGGCAUUGCGAAUGUUAAUAAAAUCGUGAAUGUGAAUUAUGCGUCAAACUAUUGCAAGAUCGACGAGAGUAUCUUCGGAUUGAGCAAUGAACAGAGAGAGCUUCGCUCACUCGUUUUCAAUUUCGCGCAGAAAGAAUUGGCGCCUAAAGCCGCCGAAAUUGACAAGAAAAAUAAUUUUGAUGAAUUAAGGGAAUUCUGGAGAAAGUUGGGGAAAUUGGGCUUUUUGGGCAUCACGGUGAAGCCGGAGUAUGGCGGUACAGACGGCACGUAUCUCGAUCACGUAAUUAUCUUGGAAGAAUUGAGUAGAGCAUCAGCUGCUAUCGCACUCAGUUAUGGCGCGCAUUCGAAUCUUUGCGUUAACCAAAUUCACAGAAACGGCACGGAGGAACAGAAGCAUAAAUACUUGCCUAAGCUGUGCAGCGGUGAGCAUAUUGGCGCGCUGGCGAUGUCGGAACCAGGAUCCGGAUCUGAUGUGACCUCAAUGAAACUACGAGCUGAGAAGAAGAAUGAUUAUUACGUGCUGAACGGCAAUAAAUUUUGGAUCACCAAUGGCCCAGACGCGGACACCUUGGUCGUUUACGCAAGAACCAACCCAAACGCGGACAAACCGCAACACGGUAUCACCGCCUUCAUUGUCGAAAGUGCUACAGAAGGAUUUAGUACGGCGCAAAAGUUGGACAAGCUAGGAAUGCGCGGUUCCAACACGUGCGAAUUGAUUUUCGAGGAUUGUAAAAUUCCGGCCACCAACGUUCUGGGAGAAGUUAAUAAGGGCGUUUACGUGCUGCUCAGCGGACUGGAUUUAGAACGAUUAGUAUUGGCUGCUGGACCAAUAGGAAUUCUACAAGCUUCUUGCGACAUUGCUUUUGAAUACGCUCAUUCGAGAAAGCAAUUCGAUCAGUAUCUCGCGCAAUUUCAAUUGAUACAGGCAAAGAUUGCGGAUAUGUAUAUGACUUUAACUGCGAGCAAAACUUAUUUGUACUCUGUCGCGAGAUCUUGCGAUGCUGGUCACACGAAUCGUAAGGAUUGCGCCGCAGUGUUGUUAUUUUGUACCGAGAAUGCUGUAAAGGGAGCAAUGAACGCCAUGCAGAUACUUGGCGGUAAUGGAUACAUCAAUGAUUAUGUGACGGGAAGAUUAUUACGAGACGCAAAGCUUUACGACAUCGGUUCGGGUACCAAUGAAAUACGACGAUUGGUCAUCAGCCGUGCAAUCACUCAGGAAUACUUGUAAAACAAAGGAAUCUGCAUUCCGCAAUCAAUUUUUAUUUUAUAAUUAUUUAUAGAUAUAGCGAUGCCGAAUUGUUUUACACAAUAUUCGCAUUGUGACAUUCAUAUCCGAACAAUUCGAGUUAUUCCAAAUGAUCACAACAAUUCUUUUUGAGAAUUUUUUUAGAAUAGAGUGCUAUUAUUUUUGUACAUUAUUAUUUUUUAUUUACAUAAUAUUUUAUGUUUUAAUGUUUUUUCUAUUUUAUAAUAAAUAAAUAUGUAUAUGCUGCA